CGCGUGGCCUGGUCCUCUCCUUCCUCUCGUCUCCCUUUUCGCUCCACCACUUCCUCGCUUCCUCAUCCGAUUCCCCUCUUCUCCUCCGUCCGCGCAUGAAACCCUAAUCCUCACCCCACCUCAAACCAGCUCACCCAUGGCGAGAUCCCUGGUCCCCUGCCAAUCCCCCUUCCUCGUCGCGCCGCUCCCGACACUCCCCCGGUCCGGCCUGCCGCUCUGCCGGCCACGGAGGAUGGGGACCAGGGUCAGGAUGAGCUUACAGGAGAUCCCGCCGCUCGAUUCCUUGGCCCAACUCCAGGGGAUCGCUUCCAGGGUGGAGGGCCUCCUGUACACACUCGCGGAUGCCACCGUGGCCGUGGAUGCUUCUAGUACCGCGGCCGAGGCGUCCGCUGCCACCCAGAAGAAUGGAGGCUGGUUUGCGUUCAUCUCGGAAGCGAUGGAAAUCGUUCUUAAGGUGUUGAAAGAUGGUCUGUCAGCUAUACACGUGCCAUAUGCUUAUGGAUUUGCAAUUAUCCUACUAACUGUAAUUGUGAAGGUGCUGACGCUUCCUUUGACCAAGCAGCAGGUUGAAUCGACAUUAGCCAUGCAAAGCUUGCAGCCAAAGAUCAAGGCAAUUCAAGAGAGAUAUAAGGGAAAUCAGGAAAGAAUACAGCUAGAGACUGCUCGCUUGUAUAAGCAAGCUGGGGUGAAUCCAUUGGCAGGAUGCUUACCAACUUUGGCUACAAUACCUGUUUGGAUCGGUUUGUAUCAAGCACUUUCAAACGUUGCAAACGAGGGGUUGCUGACAGAAGGUUUCUUCUGGAUUCCCUCUUUGGCUGGUCCAACAACAAUUGCUGCUCGACAGAGUGGAGCUGGCAUUUCAUGGCUCCUACCUUUCGUGGAUGGACAUCCACCUCUCGGAUGGUCUGACACAGUAGCCUACCUAGUUUUACCUGUUCUUCUCGUUGUUUCACAAUAUGUCUCCAUGGAGAUCAUGAAGCCACCCCAGACAGAUCCAGCUGCAAAGAACCAACUUCUUGUAUUCAAGUUUCUUCCUCUUAUGAUUGGUUAUUUUUCGCUCUCUGUGCCAUCAGGGCUGUCAAUCUAUUGGUUCAUCAACAACAUUCUAAGUAUGGCACAACAAAUUUGGUUACGGAAAUUAGGCGGGGCGAAGCCUGCGGUCAGCAGUGAUGCUGGUGGAAUCAUUAGUGCAGGACGAGCCAAACGUUCUGUUUCGCAGCCGGCGAAGGCUGGCGAAAGGUUUAACAAAUUAAAAGAAGAAGAAAAUAGGAAAAAACUCAAUCAAGCAUCGCCAACCGAGGAGAGACUUCCUUUAGCUUCCAUUGACUCCGAUGAUGAAUCAGACGGGGAGUCGAAUAAUAAGGGAGAAAUCUUGGAAGAGACAUAUGCCUCUAGUAAAGGCAAAAAACUCCCAGAAUACACUCCACCGAAGAAAGGGAAAAGAUCGAAAAGGAGGCGUGCGGCAAUAUAGAUUAGAAAAUCCCAUGAGCGGCAUGACCCCAAAAUCUGGUCAGUGUUAUGCAUCUCCCACAGAGAAACAUACACAAAAUGCAUCUCUCCCAGUUUUUACUUGGGCUUACUUUAAAAUUUGUCGCUCUGUACAAUUCGAUCGAGUUAGAAGGGGAUACGAGGGGAAUCUAGGCGAUUUAUUUUUUUCAGACCUAUUUUGUGCAUGAAAUGUUAUUCUAUAAUAGUGGCCGUUUGAUUUA